AUGAGUUUGUAUCACUGUGGUACACGUUCGGUGGAGGAACCAGACUGGAUGUUGGGCGUAAUCCCAACAGUGUGGCAGGGAGGCAGGCAGAUGAGACAGAGUGGAGACAACUGGUACCUGAGUGACAGUGGAGUUAAUGGCAGGAAUGACCAUCCUGGUUUGACUGCUCACCCCAACAGUAGUCUGCAGCCUCGAGCCGGAAACGUCUUCAACCACCAAACCUCACCGUCUGAAUUUUGGAUUCCCUUCACCUCAGCUGCCUGCCCUCCAUCAGCUCUGAAAGUUCUUAACCUCAGACUGCACAAACUCACUCCUCAGCCAGCUACUCUGCCGCUCACUCGUGGUUCGAGUCCCCCCUCCCUGACCGUGCUGGCGCCCUCUAGUGAGGAGCUGCAGCAGGGGAAGGCUACAGUCAUGUGUGUGGCCAACAAGGGCUUCCCCUCAGACUGGAGGCUGUCCUGGAAGGUGGAUGGAAGAAGCAGCAGUGGAGAGGAGAGCAGGAGCCCCGGGGCGCUGCAGAAUGACGGCCACUACAGCUGGAGCAGCACCCUGAGGCUCCCUGCAGACCAGUGGGAGAAGGUGGGCUCUGUGACCUGUGAGGCCACCCAGGGCUCCCACACUCCACUCUCACAGACUCUGAUGACAGACCAGUGUUCCCAGUCCUGA